AUGCAGAAAGACAUUCCGCACCUGGGAGCCCGUGACAAACACACAGCUCUUGAAGUGCUUGGACUUUCACAGCACCUCGAAGAGCAGGAGACGAUCGUGAGAUGGUGCAACUCGGAUCAGCAGUUGAUUAUGUUGAGUGACGGCAUGACGAAAAUCAGUGCCUUUGAGAAGAUCCUCAAAUACCUCGAAGGAGGUCAGAGGUGGAGCGUGGUCUACGACCAGACCUUCACUUCUGUGAAGCCUGUGAAAGCAGCCAAAACGGCUGACGCAGAUUUUCUGUACAGUGAUCCCUGCUGGACGGACAUUCUGUGGCAGACUGCGGGCCAUGUGAGAUUCUCAGGUUCAGGUACUGAGGUCAGUCAGCCACAGCAUGUCAUUCCGGGUGCAAUGCCUUCUGAAGGCCUUUACUGGGCGCUACGCCCAUUGCCAUCUGCGGAAAACCGCGUCGCUGUGCAGCCGCUACUUUGGUUGGAAACCGAGAAGUGUAACAAGUAUCAAGUGCCUGCACCAAGGGCUGCCUCAUGCUGCCUCACAUCCAAGGACCCCCCCCUCCGCUUGGAGACCACCAGCGCAAAGGAGAUCACGCUCAGCACGAUUGCAAGGAUGGUUUCACCGGCUAUGAGAGCUGAGGGAUGGAGCGUCAGCAUCUAUGACUACAUCGACCGAAGCUGGACAGUGGAUGGGACCUACCCCUGUGGUGAUGAGUUGGGAUACCAUCAUGAAUCCACAGAUGGGAUCCCGGUGUAUGCUCCUACGAGGGAAGCUGAGGCAUCAUCUCCCCAUGGGCCUGGUGAGCCUGGAGACGCCGAGGAUGGAAACGGCGGUGAGGAUGACAGCACGCGCCUUGCUUUUGAAGCAGAGUUGGAAACAACGGAGAACCAAGAAACCAUGGAUGUGGUUGAGGAAAUUCCCACUGCACAUGCUGCAGUGACUGCCCCAAAGGAGGAACAAGGUGAUUAUCCCCUUGAACAGAAGACCCCUGAACUUAAGGCUUUGGGAGUUACUGAGGGAGAAACCGCUGAAAAGGUCGGAAUGCCUGGAACGUUCACCAAGGCCGUGACACCGAUGCAUCCCAACAAGUACAUCGAUCUGGCCAGUGACGAUGAUGAUCCAAGCGGUGCAUGUGCGUUGUUGGGAGCCCUGAUGUCCACAGAGUCAAGGGUAAUGGACAAAAAGGACAAAUGUGUAGUGACUUCAGGGUUGAAGAUCAUGCAGCAUGAGGAUGAUGUCGUGAAAGCCAUGGUAGGAGACCGUGAUGAUGCCUUGAGCAGGCUGGCCAUGGAGUGGAACGAUGGUCAAGUGUCCAUGACACCAAGGACGUUUCAAGAUGCACGUGGCAUGGAGUUUCAUGAGUUGUUGAAGGGUGAUUCAGAGAAGCUUUGGCUAGACAGGUGUGCCCAGACGUGUUUUGUGGGUGAAGUUGUGGAUGAGCUGUCUGGAUCUGAUGGCCAGAUGGUGGGGCAACUUGGCCACCCAACACCGGCCACGCUGAAGAAUAUCCUAAAGGCAGGAAGAGCGCCACCAGAGCUGAUUGAGGCAGCUCGUUUGGUGAGGAAGGUGACUGCCGAUACCGAGACGGCAGGACUUGCAGACUUUGAGAUGCUGCUGCAAGAAUGCACAUCCACGAAGAACAACAUGCAGAGAACAAACGGUUACAGUGCAAGUCAAUGGGUCUUGGGAAAGCAGCCACGCAUGCCAGGCUCAGUCACAGACAUGUCAGAGAGCGCUGACUUGGGUGUGAUUGAAGCAAAGACUGACCCCAAUGUAGCCUACCACAAGGUACACGCUAGAAGGAUGAGUGCGCAGAGAGCCUUUGUCCAUCUGGACACAAGCAACAGGCUUGCACGUGUUUUGACAUGCAAUGCAGCACCCCAACACAAGGAGUAUGCUGUUGGAGAUUUGGUCUGCUACAGGUCUGCCAAUGAGAGUGAGGCCUUAGCCUUCUCCAUCUUGAAUGGGGAACCUGUGCUGCCAGAUGCCAUUGUGUCAGGCCCUCAGCAGCAGAAGUACAUCCAUCUUGAAGAUGAACAACAAGGAACACCUGGAGCAAGGAAGCAGGCCAGAGAUAAGACGGGCAGAACUGAACGAUCUGCUCCGUACACCAGGGUGGCACCAACUACCCCUGGGGCACUGCCAGGUGACACGAAAAGUGAGUACAACACGAUGAUCGAUGGUGAUUUGCCAGAUGGGUUUCAGGUCUUUCAUUGCGCAGCGCAUCGUGGAGGCCGAGGGGGCAGUUCAAUCUGGGAAGACAUCAGAAAGGCCUCACCAGAGAUUCGAACUGCUGAGUGGGAGAAGUACAAAAGCUUCAACGCUCCAAUUCCCAUGUGGGGAAAGGAGCUUCAAAAUCUACUGGAUGAGGGCCACAAAGUUAUUCCGUCAAAGUGGGUUGAAACAGACAAACAUGAACACCUAAAGAGAACCCCAGAAUAUAGUCCCAAGAUGAGAGCUCGUUUGGUGAUUUGCGGUAACUGCGAAGAUGUGAGCCGAGAAGAUGUGAGAUGCGAUGCUCCGACAGCAGAUGACGAGUCACACUGCCUCCUGGCGAGCUGGGCUGCUUCGGAGAGGUUACGUCUGAAAGGAAGCGACGUGACCAAUGCGUAUUUCCAAGCAAAGCCACUGACACGGCUGCUACUGAUGCGGCAGCCAACCGGUGGACUUGGUGACCCGGACGUGCCUGCAGAAGCGUGUCUGCUCUGCAGGGCCCCCAUCUACGGUUCAAUUGAUACAGGUAGAGGUUUCUACUUGCGCAUGGAUAUAGAAGUGAAGACAGCAGGUAUGAAGGUGUCAAAGGUGAUGCCUGCCCUGUACUACCAUCAAGACGAAAACGGUGAACUGGAUGCCAUGCUAUGCACCCAUGUGGAUGACCUACUGUUUGCCCACAAGCCAAGUGGAGCAAAGGUGGUCCAGGAGAUCCUUGGAAAAUUCAUGAAAAUUCUCUCAGUCGGAAAGACUGAAGAAGGAAGCUUCCGAUACUGUGACUUCUCUGUGUAA